AUGGGCUCUUGUCGAAUGCCUAUGUUACCCCCGCGAUGGCUCAAUUGUCCUCGGAUGGGUGACAUGAUUCUGGAUAUUUUCAUCCCUUUUAAGACCCCGCUGGACUCGAAAUUCGAUCAUUUUAUGGAACCGGAUCACAUAUUUCAUGUGGACGAUGCAUUUCAAUCACGAAAUCAGUAUAAAUUAGGUCUGGUGGUGGACCUGACGAAAUCCAGACGAUUUUACAACCGACGCGAAGUUUCAGACAUGAACUGCAAAUACUUGAAAAUUGAGUUGGUUCAUUCAUCCUCACGAUUUCCGUUGUUCGAUUCUAUUUUGUUAUAUCUUUGUCCACUCAUAGGUGUACAUUGCACGCACGGAUUCAAUCGAACCGGUUUCAUGAUAAUUGCUUACCUUGUCGAGGAAUUAAACUAUGGCGUUGAUAUUGCCGUGAGAAUAUUUGCAGAUGCACGUCCCCCAGGUAUCUAUAAGGCAGACUAUUUGGAAGACUUGUUCGCACGUUAUGGAAGCAAAGAAGAUUGCCCUCCAGCACCGGCACUUCCUAAUUGGUGUAUUGGUGAGUUCGCUUCUUCUCAUUUGAUCCUUCCGGUACUGCAGUUUUCAAUUACAAUAAGCGAAUAA